AAAAGGUGAGAAGAAGACGAACCCCAUUGAGAGCUUUUGGUGAGACAAAACUUUUAGGUGAUCACUAGAGAAAAGUCUAAAAAUUUUCGGCAGAAAAAUGCAGAGAAAAAACAAGUCGCGGAUCUUCUCAGUCACUCUUAUGAGAUUCUCAUUGUUCCUCGGAUAUUCCAAUACACAGACGCACCAGCCUGUGGUGAGCAGGAGGCGAGCGGUGGAGGAUUGCGUAUUGUCAGCCUCUAUAAAAGCCCCAGUAGGUGAAGAUUCUACGUUAUAUUGAUGUCAGAGGUGGAGGUGAUAGGAUAGCAAUUUCAGAAGGAAAGAGACUGUGAAGAAAAAUUUGUGAGUGAAGUUUGAGAUCGAAGAAAAUCCACUGUGUAAGGUGUGAGACGCGCUCUCAAUAAAAAACGGGAAGAUGAAGUGUCUUGUGAUCUUUGCCAUGCUCGCCACUUUGGCGUGGAGUGAGACGAUUAUGCUCCUUGACCUUAGUCCAGAAGAGGCCCAGAAAUACAUUGGGGCACAAUCUCUGGAUCUGAGGUAUGCCAAGAAACUUGGCGAGGAGCGCCUCUCAUCCCUACGUAGCCUGGAUGGCGAAAAGCGUGAUUUCUACUACAAUGGUCGCCUUAUCGAGAAUCCUGAGGACUAUGUCCAAGAGGAAUUCGAGGCAAAUCAAUUCCAUGGUCAAGAUGGUCUUGGUCGUGCCAUGUUCGGGUACACUGACUGGAAUCAGGCACGUCUUGAGGCUCGCAAUGCCAAUGGUGAAGUGCGUGGCUCAUACCAAUUUGUGGACCCCAAUGGUGACGAUGUUGUGGUGAAUUACUGGGCGGACAGUUUGGGCUUCCAUCAGAUGGACAAUCGUCCCAAGGUGGUACUUGAACCGGUUACAGACACACCAGAAGUACAGGCAGCCAGACUGGCGCAUGAAAAGGCAUGGGCGGAAGCUGCACGCGCUGCCAAGGUUAACCCUGACCCCAACAGCGAUUUGUACAAUCUCAAUGCCAAUCGACUGUAUGAGGAUCAGGCAAGACAAGAACAAGCCCAACAGCUGAUCUCUGUUGCCAAUCAGGCCCAAAGUCUCACCCGCUACCCCAACCUUCCCUACACAAUCACACCCGAUAAGUCAGCUUCGUCUUCCCAACAGGACUCUGUGGUAGUUGAAGUACCCCAGGAGACCAGACAGCAAUAUCAGACAGCAAAAGCUAAUCUCCGUCAGCAAGAGGAGGAAGAGGAAGUCACAGGUGAACCCCGUGGUUUCUUCUACAGCUUCGACUACCCAGUUCAAUUGAUUCGCUCUCUUGAGGAGACACGUAAAGUCAAGAGACAGAACUCAGGUAAUGGAAACUCCCAAAGAGAACGAUCUCAUACUCACAUCGUUAUUCACGCCAAGAUCACGAGAUUCUCUAAACAGAAUAGUCGAUCAAGACGUGAGACUCCUUUCGAUGCUUACAUAGUUUCUUCCAAUCGCAUGUCUUUGCCUCUUACAUCUCCAACCUCUGAUACUUCUUACUAUACUAUAACUAACACUGAAUCCGACUACCAAGGUAGUCGGGCAAAGCGUGCCGAACGUGUGUGGAACGCUAUUAGAAAUAUUCUUAAUGCCACUGGAGAUAUGCCCAGAUCUAGAUCGAAACGUCAAGCUCCUUCCUUAGAUGACCUUAAGAAUACAGCAAAUACCAGCCUUCCAACCAAUUCAUCAGUUCCAGCAACACCUGAUAAGUCUGGAAAUGAUACGACUCAGAAAACCAAACGUCAAACAAAUCCCAUGGAUACCAUGACGAAUAUGAUGAACAGCACUGGAAAUGUUCCAUCUAUGUCAUCCAUUCCAGGACUUUCCAGUAUGCCUGGAAUGAGCUCCAUGCCAAAAAUGAAGAGGCAAACAAAUCCUAUGGAUACCAUGACGAAUAUGAUGAAUAGUACUGGAAAUGUUCCCUCAAUGUCAUCCAUUCCAGGACUUUCCAGUAUGCCUGGAAUGAGCUCCAUGCCAAAAAUGAAGAGGCAAACAAAUCCUAUGGAUACCAUGACGAAUAUGAUGAAUAGUACUGGAAAUGUUCCAUCAAUGUCAUCCAUUCCAGGACUUUCCAGUAUGCCUGGAAUGAGCUCCAUGCCAAAAAUGAAGAGGCAAACAAAUCCUAUGGAUACCAUGACGAAUAUGAUGAAUAGUACUGGAAAUGUUCCAUCAAUGUCAUCCAUUCCAGGACUUUCCAGUAUGCCUGGAAUGAGCUCCAUGCCAAAAAUGAAGAGGCAAACAAAUCCCAUGAAUACCAUGACGAAUAUGAUGAACAGCACUGGAAAUGUUCCAUCAAUGUCAUCCGUUCCAGGACUUUCCAGUAUGCCUGGAAUGAGCUCUUUGCCUAAGAUGAAGAGGCAAACAAAUCCCAUGGAUACCAUGACGAAUAUGAUGAAUAGUACUGGAAAUGUUCCGUCAAUGUCAUCCAUACCAGGACUUUCCAGUAUGCCUGGAAUGAGCUCUUUGCCUAAGAUGAAGAGGCAAACAAAUCCUACGGAUACCAUGACGAAUAUGAUGAAUAGUACUGGAAAUGUUCCAUCAAUGUCAUCCAUUCCAGGACUUUCCAGUAUGCCUGGAAUGAGCUCCAUGCCAAAAAUGAAGCGUCAGGCUCCUUCCACAGAUGCCACAAAUAGCACAAAUACUCCAACAACCCCAUCUACCCCAACAACUCCUAGUGCUCCUUCUGUACCAAAGACAAAACGCCAAACAGAUUCCUUGGACAUGGGAAAUAAUAUGCUAAAUAGUACUGGAAACGUCCCAUCUCCCACUUCUAUUCCAGGGCUCUCGAGUAUGCCUGGAAUGAGUUCCCUGCCUAAAAUGAAGCGCCAAGUGAGAGGUGGCACUUCUACUAACACAACUAGAUCCCAGAGUGGAACUGCUUUUGAAUCUGCUUAAAAUAUUUCUUCCUGUGCUUUCUUUCUUGUAAAAGCUUUCUUUCUCGAAUGCUUUAAUAGUUUGUAGUAAUGGUAGUAAUAGUUGUUAGUGUGCAAUGUUGUUAACGUGGUUGGAGAUAUAUUCCAGAUGCACCAGAAACACCGGCUCGGGUGUCUGCCAAGGCAGUGUCUCAGGGUUCUGUACCAAUUGAUGCCGUGCACGACACCCAAGUGCACCCAAAACAGAAAGAUAAUCUUCCAAACAGCCAAAUCUUGCCAGUUUUAGUUCACGACGAGUGAAACACCGGACAACAAUUUUGAAAUAGAAUUAUAUAUUCAAAAUCUUUUUGUACAACAAUAAAAUAAAAGGCUGUUACAGAAA